CAACCGCAGAACCACCGAAAAGCAAAGGGUCAAGUCGCACACACUCCAGCAAAACCAGGAUGCUUUGGAGGCUGCACUACGUCUCCUGGCUGUUCCUUUGCCACCUUCUUAUCCAUUCAUUUAGAUGCGAGGAGCAGAAGCAGCAGAGGAGUGACAUCCUUUUGGCCCUGGAAAGAGCCGCUUUGUUCCUGGAGGAGGAAAGCCAAGAUAUCAACGUAGACGCCAUAUUGGGAUUUGCGGUUUUGCAAGCCUAUCUGAACAAAACCUUGGCAAAAUGGGAGACAAAGCCCGGGUUGGAGCCGGAUUCGAAACGCGUUGCGCUUCUGGAGAAGAAACUCUCUGCCGGGAUGGAAGAGGCCCGAAGUGCCUUGGAAUUGGAAAAUCCUGAUUCUUAUAGAGAAUGGGCCCAGGUUUUGCGUCCCAGCUUCUGGAAGGUCCCAGAGCGCUUUGAGCGGCUGGACUAUGCGGUCGCUUUCACCCCAACAAACGGCUCCUGUCUGGAUUUAAAAGAGAGCGAUGUGUGCCUUUCCUUCCUCUUAGGAUCCUGGAAGGAUGACGGGGAGCCUUGCCUCGUCCCACGAAAGUGCAGCCGCCUUAUGACCCAAACCCACUGCUCCGAUUAUGCAUUGUCCCACCAGCUCUUCAACUUCCUCUUUGCAGAAAUGAAAGGAUGUCGGAACCCCUUGUUCCUCAACGCCAGAUUUUAUAGGAACGUCUUGUGCUGUUUGAUGAUGCAGGAAAACCUUCAUCCCCAAAAGAACGCGCUUCUGAAUGCUCCGGGAGACCUCUUUACGGAAAACAUUAUGUUUUGCGGCUUGGCGGGGUUCUCCAACUUCUACAAGCCAGAAUGGCUGGACCGUAUCCUCAGCUGGCAGCUCCCAGAAAAGGGAUGUUUUUGGAUGUACGAAGAUCCUCCUCCAAAUGUAGAAGACCCCGUCCACAAACCACAAAGAAUGAAGAGAACAGAGAAAUUUAAUAAAGGUAGAAGGGAUUGGCUUGCAUGUGUGGUUGUGUAUUUGAGGUGAUAUGUUUUGGACGCAGCUCGCUCUAUCUAUCUAUAUUUCUCCCUUAUUAAUGGCCUUCAAUUGGACUUCUGGCAACCCCAUAAAUGAGGCUUCUAAUGAUACCAACUGCCCUGCGCAGCUCUUGCAAAGCUUGGUUUGCUUUUGGGCCCAUUCAUUUCUCUUUCUGGUGUC